GAACCCACUAACCUAAAGUAGCCUCCUUUCUAUUUCUGUUAAUCGAAUCAAGAUUAUCAAUUCCACCGAACGUACAAAUUAUGAUCUGCUAAGCUAAUAAUAAGUUCAGGGUGUUUCUUAAAUCGCACGAUUUUGAUUAUAUCAGUUUGUCCCCAACUGCAAAAUUUCCAUUUACCUUGUUAAAAUGUUUAACCAAAAAAGGAAGGUGAUCUGGACUCUGGAUUUGAGUUCCCAUUAAUGGAAGCACUUUAAGGUUCUAGGGUUUCUUUCCCUUAUCUGCAAGGAGGGCCCUUCGAUUUUAGGGGUUAGUUGGGGGGAAGGGUUGGGACCUUGAGCUUGAAGAAAGAGGAUGAAGGAGGUGAUUGGGAGGCCAGGAAGUGUUAGUGGGUUAACGCUAAGGAUAACCCAAUGUGCAUUUGCUGCUGCGUCUAUUGCACUUAUGGUCUCUGUCUCUGGUUUCUCUUCCUACACUGCUUUCUGCUACUUGAUUGCAUCUAUGGGGCUUCAACUGCUAUGGAGCUUUGGACUUGCAUGUCUUGAUGUUUAUGCUUUGAGGAGAAAGAGAGAUCUUCAGAAUCCAGUUCUAGUGAGCCUAUUCAUUGUAGGUGAUUGGGUCACAGCUAUGUUAUCACUGGCAGCAGCAUGCUCAUCAGCUGGUGUUAUAGUCCUGUAUGAAAGAGACUUGGACUUCUGCAAGCCUCAAAGUCGUAUCCCGUGCAGGCAAUUUGAAAUAUCUAUAAUUUUGGCGUUCAUCACUUGGCUUCUAAUCUCAAUGUCGUCUCAUGUCAUGUUCUGGAUCUUAGCCUCUUUCUAGGGGAGUAAGGGAUUCCAUACUAGCACAUAACAGUAUCUCCUACUUGACAUGUAAAUCCUUUUUUGCUUUCCUUCCCAUUGCCUGAGGA